UAGUGGAGUUGUCUCACAGCAAGGAAGUAUCAACUGAUAUGGAGACUCCAUAUCAAAACCACAUUGACAAGGCAGACUUUGAUCAUGUUUAUGAGCCAUCUGAAGACAGUUUUCUACUAAUAGAUGCCUUAGAAAAGGAUCUAGAAUAUGUGAAGGCCAAAAACCCCACAUUUUGCCUAGAAGUUGGUUCAGGCAGUGGUGUCAUUAUAGGUGCUUUUGGAAUGGCAUUUCCUUACACUAUCUGUAUGAGUACAGACAUUAACUUUAAAGCUUGUAUUAUGACAAAACAAACAGCCAGUUUCAAUAAGGUUAUACUUGACUCUGUGAAUAUGGAUUUGGCGUCAUUAUUUAUUGACAAAAAAUUUGAUGUUAUUAUCUUCAAUCCUCCCUACGUUGUGACAGCGACUGAAGAGUGCAGAGUCAAUGAUAUCAGUGAUAGUUGGGCUGGUGGCGUCAAGGGAAGAGAAGUGACAGACAGAUUACUUCAUAUGAUACCAAAGAAGCUAGCUGAUCAUGGUGUUUUAUACCUCUUGUUGAUAGAAGAUAACAUUCCAGUUGAAGUCAUACAGAUUAUGUCCAUGUAUGGAUUUAAAUCAGAAACUGUGCUAAGAAGACGAGUGCGGAAUGAACAACAAUUAGUGCUUAAGUUCUAUAAAUAAUGUUAUUUGUACAGUGAAAACUUUAUUUGUAAGUUCAAUAUGUUCAUUAAUUAU